UCCCUCCCUGUUUCUCUCUUCUUCCCUCUUGCUCUCUCUCUCUCUCAUUCCCUACCCAUUGUCUCCCUUGGAAACCUAACCCCUGUCACUCCUCUCACUGCUGGGGAGGAGGAGGAGGAGGAGGAGCUCAACACAGGGCAAAGUUUCCUUGUUGAUAGUGACUCCAUUUUUUUCCACAGCCGAGUGAGUUCCACAACACACACGAUGAGGAUGAUCGAGGGGCUGAGAUCAGGUCUGAUCAGUAGCAGGAGAGAACUGUACCUUUAACCGUUAACACGAGUCUCAUUCCUGGGGAGUCUCACACCUGGGGAGGGACACCUGGAAGCCACACCCAUCUGCAGUGAAUGCACCGCCGUGUCACCUGAUGCAGAGCAGCACAGAAACAGCAACAGCAAAGCCUCCACCCAACAUAAGAGAUCACCCUAUUCUGUAUUGAACUGCAUGUCCAACAAGGCCAUCAGGCCAUGGACCAACCAUCCCGUUUACGGGAGAGACAUUCUCCUGCUCAUCACAGAUCCUCUUCCUACAGUGUUCCAACCAAAAGACCAGUGUCUCCAGUGCCCAGCUGUGUGUCCAUGAAAAGUGACAACUCCAUGGACCAGCCACCUUACCUAGGAGAGGGACAUUCUCCUGCAAGUGAAGGUUGUCCACACCAAAGACCGGUGUCUCCAGUGCCCAGCUGUGUGUCCAUGAAAAGUGACAGCUCCAUGGUCCAACCCUUGUCGUUUAAAGACCAUGCAGCUACCAUAGAAAGCCCCGUCCAGCAGAUGAGAUCACCCUCUCCCGAAGUGAGCUGUGUGUCCAUGAAGAGUGGCUGGUCCAUGGACCAACCGCCCAAAUUAGGAGAGGGGCAUUAUCCUACUCCUCACAGAGGUCCAAUCCAAAGACCGGUGUCUCCAGUACCCAGCUGUGUGUCCAUGAAAAGUGACAACUCUAUAGACCAGCCACCCAAAUUAGGAGACGGAUAUUCUCCUGGCGGUGAAAGUUGUCCACACCAAAGACCAGUGUCUCCGGUACCCAGCUAUGUGUCCAUGAAAAGUGACAACUCUAUAGACCAGCCACCCAAAUUAGGAGAGGGGCAUUCUCCUGCUGGCCAAAGAGGUCCAAUCCAAAGACCGGUGUCUCCAGUACCCAGCUGUGUGUCCAUGAAAAGUGACAAUUCUAUAGACCAGCCACCCAAAUUAGGAGACGGACAUUCUCCUGGCGGUGAAAGUUGUCCACACCAAAGACCAGUGUCUCCAGUACCCAGCUGUGUGUCCAUGAAAAGUGACUACUCUAUGGUACAGCCACCCAAAUUAGAAGACGGACAUUCUCCAGACGGUCAAAGUUGUCCACACCAAAGACCAGUGUCUCCAGUGCCCAGCUGUGUGUCCAUGAAAAGUGACAACUCCAUGGUCCAGCCACCCAAAUUAGAAGACGGACAUUCUCCAGACGGUCAAAGGUACAGUAGUUGUCCACACCAAAGACCAGUGUCUUCAGUGCCCAGCUGUGUGUCCAUGAAAAGUGACAACUCCAUGGUCCAGCCACCCAAAUUAGAAGACGGACAUUCUCCUGGCGGUCAAAGCUUCCAGACUGAUGUAGACUCCUGCACAUCGGAUCAUGACUUGACCAUGACUUCACCUGAUACCUCUUACCAUGAAUCUGAGGAGGAGGAUCUGACUGAGAACAGAUCUGACUUCACUUUCUCUGAGAAGAUAAUGCAAGACAAACUCAAGUCCCACCUGAGAACCAAACUACAGCAUGUCUUCAAGGCUCCAUCCAACCCCGUUCUUCUGAGUGAUAUCUACACAGAGCUCUACAUCACAGAGGGGGACAUGGGGGAGGUCAACAAUGAGCAUGAGGUCAGAGAGAUUGAGGCAGCAUCCAGGGGAGAUACAGAGAGCACACCCAUCAAGUGCAGUGAUAUCUUUAAGCCACUGCCAGCGCAGUGCAAAACCAUCAGAACUGUUCUUACAAAGGGUAUUGCUGGCAUAGGAAAGACGGUGUGUGUGCAGAAGUUUGCACUGGAUUGGGCUGAGGGGACAGACAAUCAGGACAUUAAAUACAUAUUUCCACUGUCCUUCCGAGAGCUAAACUUACUGAAAGCUAAGGAAUUCAGUCUGCUUGGGCUUCUCAAACACUUUGUUGGUGAAUUUGAAAGCGUUCCCGUUUUGGAAGCAAAACAAUAUGAGGUCCUGCUCAUCUUUGACGGCUUGGAUGAAUGUCGGCUUCCCCUGGCAUUUGAGGAAAAUGAGAAAUGCAAACCAGCAACAGCCGCAACAGCAGCAUCCGUGGAUGUUCUGCUAACACACCUCAUUCAAGGACACCUGCUUCCCUCUGCUCUCAUCUGGAUCACCUCAAGACCGGCAGCGGCUGGCCGAAUACUAAAAGACUGCGUGGACCGCGUCACAGCGGUCCGUGGGUUUGGUGACCCUCAGAAGAAAGAAUACUUCAGGAAACGGAUCAGAAGUCAAACUCUUGCUGAUAAAGUAAUAACACACAUUGAGUCACUGAGGAGCCUCCAUAUCAUGUGCCACAUUCCUGUCUUCUGCUGGAUUUCAGCUGCUGUUCUAGAGAGAUUGUUUGAGGAAGAAGAGGUAAGCGCCAUUCCCAAGAAUCUGACACAGAUGUACACACAUUUCCUGGUCGUUCAGACAGACACCAAAAAGAAGUACAAAGAGAGGAAAGAGACGGAUGAAGAGAUGAUUUUCAAACUGGGAAAACUGGCUUUCCAACAGCUGGAGAUGGGCAAUUUGAUUUUCUACGAGGAAGACCUGAAGAAGUGUGACAUUGAUGUCAAAGAGGCGUCAGUGUACUCAGGUGUGUGUACCCAGAUCUUCAGAGAGGAGUGUGGACUGUACCAGGGGAAGGUGUUCUGCUUUGUGCAUCUGAGCAUUCAGGAAUUUCUCGCAGCUCUGUAUGUCUUACUGUCUCACUUCUACUCCAAGGAGUCAGAGGGACUCCAACCUGGCGAGAAAAAUUCCAACCUGGUGAGUCUGUUCACUGCACCAACUCUUUCAGAACUUCAAAUAACCGCAGUGGACAAAGCCUUGCAGCAGCCUAACGGAAGUCUCGACCUGUUUGUGCGCUUCCUUCUGGGCCUCUGUUUUAGCGCUCACCAGCCUGACCAAACAAUUCUGCAGGUCUUUCUCCCACAUAUCAGGAGCACGUCAUCCAGCAAUGCUGAUGUCAUCGAAUACAUCAAGACCAGAAUUCAGAUCAAUCAGUCCCCAGAGCCGUCCAUCAACCUGUUUCAUUGUCUAAACGAACUGAAUGACCACUCUCUGGUAGAGGAGAUCCAGAAGUACCAGAGCUCAAGAAGCCUGUCGAAAGUCACUCUCACUCCAGGGUUGUGGUCUGCACUGGUGUUUGUGCUGCUAACGUCCGACAGCAGUCUGGAGGUGUUUGACCUGGGGAAGUACACCACACGGCCAUCGGAUAAGAGCCUCUUUCGGAUGCGUCCAGUGCUGAGGGAGAGCAGAAAAGCCGAACUUGCCUCCUGCAACUUGACAGAGAAUAGCUGUGGAACUCUGGCCACAGUCAUCAGUUCCCCCAACUCUCGCCUCAGGGAACUGGACCUGAGUGACAACACCAUUCAGGAUACUGGAGUUGCAUUGCUUUCUCGUGGCAUCGAGAAAAGCAGUUGUAAACUAGAGAAACUUAGUUUGUCGUGUUGUGGAAUUGGACGGAGUGGCUGUGAAUCUCUUCUGUCGGCCAUUUUGCGGAAUCCCAGUCAUCUGACAAGUAUUGAUCUGAGUCACAAUUGCCCAGAACACAAUGGAAUGAUUCUACUGUCCACAGUGCUUCAGAACCAGCAGUGUCGUAUAAAUAAACUAAUGUUAAUCAACUGCAGCAUCUCACAUAACAGUUGUCAACUGUUAGCUAUGGCUCUUAGCUCAAAAAACUCAAGUUUAAGAUAUCUUGACCUGAGUGGAAACCAAAUUGAGAAUAGUGGUGUCAGUAAACUUUCUCAAGGUUUAAAGAACUCCAAUUGCAAGCUUAAUUCUCUGAGGUUGAGUAACUGUAUUGUGGGAGAGAGAGGCUGCCGGGAUCUAGCCUCAGCUCUAGCUUCAAACCCCGGCCACCUGGAAGAGCUUCACAUCAGCCACAACCAACCUGGAGAUCUGGGCUCCAAGGAACUUCAAGCACUGAAUCUGAAAGAACUAAAGCUUUAGAAAUAUGCCAUACACGCUUGUACUUGAUGACGACAAUGACAGUGAACUCAUGAUGGAUUCCUGUCCUCACACCAUGGAGAUUACAAGCACUUUUCAGAAAUAUAGCAGUAUGUAGCAGGAAAUACUGAUGUGUAAAAAGUUUAUUGUUUGUCAACUCCUAAGUCCCAAACUGUGUCAUUCUACUAAAAGGCUAAUGUCAUUUGUUCCUUUGCUAACUGAAACUGUUUAAAGCACAAAAUGUGUACUGAUAGUAAUGUAUCUUGAGAGGUAUUUAUAUUGUUCAUUUUUUGGAAUAGAAGAAUAUUUAAGGUCACAUUUGACCAUAGCAUUGUGGUAGAUAUGGGCUGCAUCCACACAACUGUAGUGUUAUGCCUCUCUAGCAUCUCGAAUGUUGUUGUACAGUAUGUGUAUGUAGUAUACGUUUUCUUUAAAUGCAAUUUUACAAAUUCUGUAAAUAAAUACAAAAUGACAAUGUAUUGUGUAUACUAUUUAGGCUAUUGUAAAUGCAAUAUGAUAAUGAACUUUUUAAAUAAAUAUUUGUGAAAGUUUUUAAUGUUAAGUCA